UCGAAGCAGAGAACGUAUAUCAUAUAUAUAUAUAGCAGAGAACGUAUAUAUAUAUAUAUAUGAUAUACGUUCUCUGUUCGAAGUCUGUGUUCCAAUUGAGGUGUAAAGUUUGAUAACUGAAAAAGAAAGACAAAAACAAAAACUGAAACAAACACUUAUGCGAUAGUUUAGUUUAGAUAUAUUUCUUAAUUUUUUAAAAUUAAUUUGAAAAAGUUGUUCAAUUAGAAUAAGCUGAAAUUACGCUAUUUGACUUACGUUCGCGUUGAACUUUUGUAAAACCCAACUAACGUUAUUAAGAAAAAUGUAUACAUAUGGCAACCUCUAAGAUAAACAAAUUGAUUGCUUCAUUGUAUUUAUUUUUGAUUUACUUGUGCAUCGUUGAUUUUUGAUUUUUAUUAAAAUAUUGCUAGGCAACUUACUUCAGUAUACACAUUUGGGACUAAAAAAUACAUUUUAAAGUUUAUUUAUUUGUUAAAAAAUUAGUAUUAAUAUAAUAUAUAAAAUGGAUGCGGAAGGCGAUUACGAUGAUAGGCGCGUUACAGAUGUUGGUGAUGCAGCUGACUUGCUAAUAGUUGAGGAUGCAACCGAAGAAGUAGGACCAAAUUUGCCUGUAACGUCAUAUCGGAUGAAACCCUCCUUAAGAGAACUUUUCCCAGCAUCUCAUAUCAAAAGUAUUAUCCAGUCCACAAUAUAUGAUAAACUGCAGGGGAAAGUAUAUAAUCCAGAUGACGCUCGUAAGUGGACACGAGAGAUUUCUGAUGAAGUCAGUUCCGCCGUAAAAGAUAUUGUUCAAAUGCCCCGCUUUAAGCAUGUUGUACAAGUAACAUUGGGUCAACAGCUAGGUGCUGGUUGCCGGUAUAUAGCAAAAUGCUGUUGGGAUGCCGAAGCUGAUUCCCAUACAUCCGAUGUAUUUACGAAUGCCAGCUUAUUUUGUGUUUGUACCGUAUUUGGUGUGUAUUUAUAUUAACUACAUAUACAUAUGUUCAUACAUAAUUACAAGUAAUAUAUUCAAAACACAAGCCGACCUAAUAUCAGACAAUGUACAAACAAUAUAACUCUUGUAAAAAUUUGUGAUGUUUUUAAAAACUAUACGCGAAUAACGCGUGGUAAAUGAAAUAUUAAAUUUCUAUCUACACCAUUUUUCGGUUUUUACAAACUUUUGUAAAUGAGUCCUCGUUGCCUCUUCUUAGUUUAUUGGUUUAAGAAAUGUUGUAGAGCGAAAUUUCUAAAAUAAAUUCCAUAAUUUAUUAAAAGAAAGUGUAUCUGUUCAUCAAUUGUACUUUUCUGACAAAUGAGAUAUAUUGUACAUAAUAAUUAAUGUAUUUUGCAAUGUAUGUACAUACAUGUAGGUGGCAAUAGUAGCACGUCGGAAGUUUUAUGUUUCGGAUAAUCAAUUGUAGCUAACUUUUUAUAUACCUUAGAAUAUUCAAACGAGAAAUAAAUAAAAUCAAAAAGAAGUA